AUGAAUUUACUACUAAUUACACUUGGAGUUGUUAUUGCUCACCAAAUUCUAAUAUUUGCUCCUUUUACAAUAUUUUUUACAUCUCCAAUAUUAAAUAUCAGUAGAUCCCAUGAAAUUUCAACUCAAGGAUUAGCCAAAAGAUUAGUUAUUUUUAGUGCUGGUGGUAUAAGAGAAAAUGUAUUUUAUCAAAAUUUACCUAAUAUAACUUUCUUAAAUAAACUUAUUGUUGAUGGGAAAGCAUUAUUUGGAGUUGGUGAAACUCAUUUAUUUACUCAUGAUACAAGAGGAAAUUAUAUUGUUUCAACAACUGGUUCAUAUGAAGAUAUUUUAGGAAUGAUAUUACAAACAACUCCAAUUAAAAUUGAUACAAUUUUUGAUAGAUCAGCAAAAUCUUAUAUUUUUGGUAGUCAAAGUAUUGUAAAAUUAUUUGAUAAAAAUAAUGAAAAAAUUAAAACUUUUCCUUUUAUUCAAAAAAGUAAAAAAUAUCAAAAUUAUGAAAUAUCAUCAAGAUGGAUUUUUGAAAAUGUUAAACAAUUUUAUAAAAAUGAUUCAUAUAAAAUACAUGAAAGACAUAUAUUUAAAUCUACUUCUAAAGAAUAUCUUAAUAUGCUUAUUGAAAUUGAUAAAAAUAUAUCAGAAAUAUAUAAGAUAAUUGAAAAUAUUUAUCCUGAUCGUUCAACAGCCUACAUCUUUACUUCAGAUCAUGGAAUUUCAGAUUUAGGAAAACAUGGUGAAAAUUCAGAAUAUGAAAAACAGAUUCCUUUUAUUGCAUGGGGUUCAGGUAUUCAGGUUUAUAGAAGAAAACAACAUAUCAAACAAAUUGAUAUUUCUUCAUAUUUAUCAAGUUUAAUUGGUAUAGCUAUUCCUAAAAAUAAUCUUGGUAUUGUUCCUCAACAAUAUCUUAAAUCUUCACCAACAUAUAAAUAUCAGGCAUCAUGUGGAAAUUUAAAACAAAUGGUUGAACAAUAUUUAAUUAAAAGAGAACAAAUUUAUAAUCAUACAUUUUUUUUUAAAGAAAAUACUCAAUUUACAAAAGAAACAUUAUCAACAUUAACAAAAGAAGUAACAAGAUUAGUUGAAAAUCGUCGUUAUGAUAUUGCUGCUUCAAUGUGCCUUAAUAUGAUUCCACGGGUAAAAAAAGCUUUAUAUUAUUAUCAUAACUAUGAUAGAAACUUUUUAACUUAUUGUCUUUCAAUAACAUUUAUUCUAUGGGUCUUUAUUAUUCAUGAAAUAAUUGGAAGAUAUAAUUAUUAUAAUGCAAUUGAAUAUCAUGAUUUAAUUCCAAAACCUUUAUUUCAAGUUUAUUUUUUUAUAGCAAUUAUUAUUGAUAUUUAUUUAGGAAAAUCAUUUUCAUACUCUAUACAUCAUCUAAUUCCUGUUUACCUUCUUUCUCUUUUUAAUAAUAUUUUUUCUAUAACAUCAUAUAUUGGAUUUUUAUUUAGAAUUCCAUUAAAUAUAGCAAAAGGUUACCUUAUUGAGAUAUUUAUAAAUUUUAUUACAAAAAUAAUUCCUUUAGCAUUAUUUUUAUGCUCAUUUUAUGAUCGACGUUUUCUUUCAUUAAUUUUAUUAGCACUAAGUUUACUUCCAUAUUUACAUCAUAAUAAAACAUAUCCAUAUAACAUUAUUUGGUCUAUUGGAUGUGUAUUUUUAUCAAUAUUUCCAUUUUUACCAUUACCCGUUUCACAGGAAUAUUCAAAAAUUAUUCUUUUUAUAACUUUUAUUAUAGGAACAAUAAUAUUUAUUUAUCAUUCAUGCCUCUUUUUAUCAUAUUCUAUUUUAACUAUUUCAUAUGAAUUACUAUUUCUUCUUGUCUUUAUAAUUAUUCUUUACUCUUAUGUCAGACUAGAACAUGGUAUAUAUUUUGAAAAUGAAUUUUUAAACAUAAAAUUAAUUUCAAUACCAUCAUCAUCUGAUGAUGCAAUUUUUGGUAGAUUCUCUAACCAAGAAUAUCAAAGAGCAUAUAUAGCUAUGUCUUUAUUUCUUGUAGCAUUCUUUUCAAUUGAUAAUAUAACUUCAUUUAAAAUUUGUAAUAUUUCUAUUCCAUCAUUUUUUAAAAUCUUUCCAUCUACAACAUUAUAUUGUUUAUUAUUUCUUAAAAAAAUAAUACCUAUAUUUAUUGUGACAUUAGCUAUUUCUAGUACAUUAGCUAGAAGAGCUGGUGCUUUAUAUAGAUUUUCAAUUCUUAUUAUGAUAUUAUCUAAUAUAAUGGCAUUUUUUAUGUUUCUUAAUCUUAAAGAUGAAGGAACUUGGAUAGAAAUAAGGGUUGCUUUAUCUAAUUAUCUUAUAUCUAUAACUUUGUCACUUCUUGUUUUUAUUCUUUUAAAUAUAUCUAAUAUAUUUAUGCUUUGGGAUUGUCCUAAUAUAAGAAUAUUCUUUCAAUUACAAGAUCCAUUAUUUGAAAAUGAAAAAAAAAAUAAAGAAAGUGUUUAA